CUUCUGAAGGUGGAUCUUCUGAAGAAUCUUCAGAAGGUCCAGCAAAAUGUGCUGCUUUUGUUGCGCGCGAAUCUGUUUGCCCGAUUGAAAACGCCGCUUUCUCUGAAACCCAACGCGUAGGCUUUAGGAUAAACCUUCAGAAGGUAUUCUUCAGAAGCUUUGUAGCUUUUUCUGCUGCGCCAUCACCUUUUUUUUCGAGCGCAAAGCCCAAAAGCAAGCCACUCGGUUUCUUCUGCAAAAGAAGGCGCUGCUCGAUCAAGCGUGCUCUGUUCUAUUUUCGUUAAUAUCGCGACGCCUAGCUGUUCUCGUGUUCAUUGAAAAAAAGCCACAGGCGUGUGUCACUGGUUGUAGUAGACAUACAACAUCAUGCAGAAGAGCUGCACAAUCUUCGCCUCCCAACAUCCAUUUCAACCGUAACAAAAAAAAAUGAAGACAAAAGACAUCAAUUACUAGAUCAUCUCCAAGCACAAGAGUUUCAAAAGUGGUGUGAGUUUACUAAUACUGUUCUUGUUGAGUGCUCAGCUCUAGUACUUUUGCAUAGUAUCUGGUCUCGCGAGACGACCCUAGAUGAUGUUAUUUUCAAAGUGAAAAGUGAUCCUCCCACUCCCUUCACAAAAAAUGGGAAAUGCUGCCUCAACAUCUAGACAAUUUGCGCGGA